AUGAUGAGAAAAAUUAAAAUGAGUCUAGCAGUAGCAGUGGAGCAGCAUCAGAGGCUCCUUGAAAUGGUAGAUACAGAGAAGGAACUGUUAAAAGAAAAAAUAAAGGAAGCUUUGAUUCAGCAGUCUCAAGAACAGAAGGAAAUACUGGAAAAAUGUUUGGAGGAAGAAAGGCAAAGAAACAAAGAGGCAUUACUCUCUGCUGCAAAGCUAGAGAAAGAAGCAAUGAAGGAUGCAGUUUUAAAAGCCAUAGAAGAAGAAAGAAAAAAUUUGGAAAAAGCUCAUGCAGAAGAAAGGGAAUUAUGGAAGACAGAGCAUGCAAAAGAUCAAGAAAAAGUAUCUCAGGAAAUUCAAAAAGCUAUACAAGAACAAAGAAAAAUAAGUCAGGAAACUGUUAAGGCAGCAUUAGCGGAAGAGCAGAAGCGAAGUGAAAAGGCUGUGGAAGAAGCAGUGAAAAGAACAAGAGAUGAAUUGAUAGAGUAUAUAAAAGAACAGAAAAGGGUAAGUAUCUCCCGAAGAGUUUUUAUUUGUUCUUCCAUAAGCUCACACAGAUCAGUCUAUAAAAUUAUGUUAAGGUUUUUUUGUUUGCGCGUGGCCGCAGCAGCGGUUCUUCAGGUCGGCGCGUACCCCUUCGUGGGCGGGGUCGUGCCUCGGUCUCACCAUCAUUCCCAGGCUGAGCAGGUCGUGCCCUUGUAG